AGCAGAAGAAAUUUCCCUGAUUCCUCAACUACGUCCUUUAGUUCAAUACAGGAGGAGAUUAAAUACUGCACUCUGUGAAUCUUCUGCACUCUGUGAAUCUUCUGCACUCUGUGAAUCUUCUCCACUCAGCAGCUGCAGACAUCAUGUCUCUUCUCCUCAAUCUGCUCCUGCUCUGCUCUUUAGCACUCGUGUCCUUCUCUGCACCGGUUAAACAGCACAACUCACAACCCAGUGACUUCAAGUCCAACAUUCAGGACUCACGGAGUCUGACCAGUAAGAUGUUGGAGAACAUUCCUGCGGCGCACAAAUCGUGUGUAAGACAGGAGUUUACGAGCGACCCCUUCAGACUGGAGUACAUCAGGGGAGUGUUGGCGAUUCCUCCUGCACCGAAACUCGCCCCCAUUUCAGAAACAAAUACUCUGGAGAUGAAUUUGGGCCGAAUCUCUGAAGGUCUGCAGCUCCAUCAGCAGUUAUUUCUGCAGCUCCAACAGCUGUUGCAGGAACAGAAGGAGAAAGUGGAUUGUGGCAGCGAGCUGAGUGAGAUACUGUCUGUGAUCAGUGAGCUGAAUACACACAUUAAAAAGUUGCAGGCGCUGGCUGGGUUUCCUAACUCUAAGUCUCAGCUCGUCUCCGUGUCCGCGUUCACUGCUGCUGUCAGUAGAGAUGAUUAUAACCUGAACGUCGGCUUCCACCUCCUGCUGGAGCAGCUGCGUACGUUCACUCAGGACACCGUACGAACCUUACGAGAAAUUCAACGCACAAACCUUCACGUUUAGCUCACAAUGAAAAGGAACUUUUAUACUUUUUUACAUUUUACUUGAAAUUCUAUUUAUUUUUUAUUUAUUUGGGGGUUAUUUAUAUAUUUAUUUGUGUGCUGCAAAGAUGAAAUGAUGCACUGGUUGUCAUCAGUUUGUAUAAAUGCAAACAUUGUUAUUCACAGAUGUUCGAGAGACAAAUACACUAUAGGUUCAAAAGUAUGUGCCCCUGUCAGACCCACAUGUUUCUUCCCCGAUCUCUGAGUCACACAGUUGUGCAGAACGUCUCUGUGUAACUUUAAAGUUUGUCUUCAGUUGAACUCCAAACCCUGCUCCAUCAGGACAAUGUCCCUGUGUACAAAGCAGCUCCAUGAAGACAUGGUGUGGAGGUGAAGGUUGGAGUGAAGAUCUCCAGUCCUGCACAGAAGAGUUCAGCUUUUUAUAACAGCCAGUAGCAGGAGACGUCUGGGUUUAUUUAGAGUUAAACACAUGUGGGUGUCAGGAGCUCACAUACUUCUGGUCAUACAGUGUGUUGGUUUGUUGAUUUGCAGGGUGGCAGGGCUGCUGGUUGUGGGGUAGACAAGGGGUGAGACCAGGAGCUCUGCCCUGAUGCAUUGUGGUACAUUCUGUCAGUGUUUAAUGUUUGCUUCUUGUUUUUUUUUUUAAAUAAUGAUUAUUUAUUUUUUGUAUUUCUCAAUAUGAAUGAUACAAUUUAUAGAAAUAUACAACACUGUAAAUGCAAUGUUUGUGUUUGAUUUAUUCAGAUAUUGAGUGAGCAGCAGUAGAUGUUUGUGUGAAACGUGAUGUGACAUCGUCUCAGCUUUUAAAAAUCUUUAACUUAUUGUUUAUUACACAUUUAAUACAGCUUAAUGGAGCAUUAUAUCAGACCUGGAGUUUUAUUCAGGCGAGUUAAUAAAUCAUUUGUAAUUGCUAUAAAUAAAUAAAUAAAUAAAUAAAUAAAUAAAUAAAUAAAUAAAUAAAUAAAUACUUUU